GAUGUUUUCAAAUGAAGUAAGAACGAAACCGGUGAUCUCAUUCUACUCGUUGUAUUUCAGAGAUAAUGUUCGCGAACAGACUUUAAUAAAGAUAGUGAGCUCGUACCGACGCGGAUCUUCUGUCGCUGUCCAUCAGCUAGCUUAAAUGAGCUAACGGAAAAUGUCUAAAAAGUCCAAAAAGAGGAAGCACUGGAAGUCAUCUUCAUCCUCCAGUGAGGAAGAGGAGAAGGCAUCCAAAAAACAUGGUGUCCCCGACAGUUCCAGAUGUGUUAAGAAGAGGCAGGAGAGCCGUGCAGCAACACAGGAAAAGUCUGUUUCUUCUUCAACAAAAGAUGAUUCCCGAAGCGCCCGCCGGAUCAAAACACCCGUCUACAGACAUGCAAAAACAGAGACAACAGACCAGAAACCUGUAAAUAAGGGGGAAGAAUGCACAAAAACAUUCCACGGGAUAAAUUGCUCUGAUAAAACAAAGGAUUAUGUUUCAGGGAAACAUAAAACGGUUAGUGGGAGUAAGACUGCGGAGAGAGGUUCCUCAAAGCCCUGGAGUUCUGACACUUCAGGUCGAGUUUCUCAGAAAACAGAGCGGAUCUCUAAAGGCAGCUUAUCUGCAACGUCUUCCCGGAGGAGCUCAUCCACUUUACAGAGUCGAACAUGUCCGAGUUUGGUUUCUGCUGAAGAGAAGGAUCAGAGUCAAAAAUUACAGAAGAAGAAAUGCAGAACUGAGGAGCCACCAAGGACUAGAAGGGAGAGCCACACUAUGAAGACCAAGGAACCAAGCAAGACCUCCUCUGUCCUCAUAGAUUCUCUACUGCAGAAGAGAGAAGAGCUGGUGAAAAAGAUGUGCCAACGGAAUCAAGAAAAUGAUUCCAAGGCCGAAAGGAGCCAGUGGACAGAAGCUAAACCUCCAUCUGCCUCCACCACAAAUCAGUCCUCCACCACAAAUCAAUCCUCCACCAAAAAUCAGUCCUCUACCACAAAUCAGUCCUCCACCAAAAAUCAGUCCUCCACCACAAAUCAGUCCUCCACCACAAAUCAGUCGUCCACCAAAAAUCAGUCCUCUACCACAAAUCAGUCCUCCACCACAAAUCAAUCCUCCACCAAAAAUCAGUCCUCUACCACAAAUCAGUCCUCCAUCACAAAUCAGUCCUCCGCCUCAGCCAAGCACUCUACCUCAGAGAGAAGCUCAAAACUGGUGAAGAGUUUCACUUUAAUUCCGAGGAGUGUCACAUCAUCGGCACAUAAGACAGCAUCAUCUGCUCAGCAUCAAAAAGAUUCUCUCAAACCUACUCUGCCUGUCAGUUUUAAGAUACCAAAGAAGGUUCAACCAAAACCAGUAGAUUAUACAAGUUACUACAAUGCUGCCAUUUCUGCUAAGAGAAAUCUCAAACGUGGGACCGAGCUUCCAGACUCUCAGGCCAAAGUAACAAACUCCAAGGAGAAAACAGUCCAAAAACCUCAGAGCUUUGUCAAUGUAACUCAGAUUCCUUCAACUGAAGGACAAGAUAAGACGUCCUCCUUGUCUGACUCAAUCCAAACUGUAUGUGAUGCCACCCAAGAGCCGUGGUAUGAUGAGAUGCAGGUGGCUGAUGAGCUUCAUCUUGCCCGUAAUGAGAAGAAAUUGGAGGUGAAUGUAAUGCAGAGCUAUGGAGAACUGACCUCUAUGGAAAUAGAUCCUCAGGAAGAGCCAGCUACAGAUCAGUACUGUAAACAGUCCCCUCCACAAGACCUCAUCCUGGUUCUGGACACCAACAUUCUCCUCAGUCACCUGGAUUAUGUGAGAAAGAUCCAGUCUCUGGGCCUUGGAGCCCUGGGCCUCCCUGUGGUCCUGAUCCCCUGGGUGGUGCUUCAGGAGCUGGAUUCCCUAAAAAGAGGGAGAGGCCUGUCAGGUUCUGUGGCACACCUGGCUACUCCCGCCAUCUCGUACAUUUACAACACUCUGAAGGGCCGGGAAUCAAACCUCUGGGGCCAGUCCAUGCAGCAGGCCGCAGAGAGCAGCAAUGGCCCGAUCGCUGAGAAUAACGACGACAGAGUUCUGCAGUGCUGCCUGCAAUACCAGAGUCUGUACCCAGGGCGUGCUCUCAUCCUAUGCACUAAUGAUAAGAACCUGUGCAGUAAAUCCAUCCUGAGUGGGGUGGAGGCCCUCAGCAAGAAUGAUUUGGAAGCAGAGGUUGGGAAAUCCAGACGCAGCCUUCGCCCUCUCCUCAACACCGGCACUCCCAUGGUGCCUCACACAAGCCCUCAGAUCUCCUCACCAGCGCUGAGCAGGAGUCAUACGCCUGCCCGGCCUCAUAUUCAAGAGAGAACAGGCCUCUCUGUGGCACCCAUAGUGAAAUAUAACCAGCAGCUCAGUGGAGGAGGAGAAGCGAAGGCAAACAGGGACCUCAGCAGAUGUGUUUCUGAGCUGGAAGACAGCCUGCGGGAGGUGCUGUCUGAUGUGUUGGAGGUGGAGAUGAAGGCGGCUUUUGAAGAACUCUGGCUAGAGAUCGUUUAUCUCAAACCACCGUGGACUCUUCGAGAUGUCCUGCAGUGCCUGAAAAAACACUGGAUUGCCGUAUUUGGACUCAUUGUCCCGCGGCGGAAAGAGCAGACUGUUUUAAAUCUCAUCGAAUUCUUCAACUCAGGUAAAACCUUGGACUUUGAUGCCACUUUACAAGCACUUCAAGAAGCCAAGGAGCUUGUGAAAGCAUUUGGGAAAAGUUCAAGCCUUGUACCCGGCGCCAUUUCCAUAAUGGACAACAUUUUCAAUAAGCUACAACCUCAGGCUCAUGCGUGUGUGUCGGAGGAACCUCCUGCCUGCGAUGUUGUCAUGAAUGACGAGGACGAAGACAGACAAGUCAUGUCUGCUCGGGUCACCCAUCAGGAAGUGUGGGCCCUGUUUGAGAACAUCUGGGGUAACGUGUAUCAGGAGAGCUUGGAAGUGUUCAAAGCGCUGGGCUUUGACCCUCACACCAUGCAGAGUGUCCGGCCAGCGGGGGGGCCUCCGCCACCGCAGGAUGCCGUGGCCUGUUUGCACAAACUGUCCAACAUGGUGUCACAGCUGCUUCAAGCCUUCAGCAGUUUGUUUUCCUCGGCCCCGAGUUUGGAGAAAGUCCAGACACUGCUCAGCAUCAUCCACUUCCACAAGGUCGUUAAUGUGGACUCCAGAUUGACGCCUGCAGACCUACUUGAUUGUUUCUCACAACAGGAGUACAGGGAGAAGCUGAGGGUCGGAGGGACGCAGCUGCAGGGCCUCCACGAGGCCCUCGAGCGUUGUGCAGGGGCCACAGGUCACGACCUCUCCUUCACCACGUCGCCCUGAACAGACUCAAGUCAGGACGUCGGCCUUGAGUAACAGACAGAGGGACAAACUGUGUGUGUUAAAGGGACGUCUGCUUUUAUGGUGCCUACUGGUGUUUUCUUUUAAUAAUUUAUAAACAUGUGUUAUUACAGAGACCACACUGUUCUCCUCCCCUGAUUGAAUGGAUGACUGUGGAUGUUCUGAAUGGAUGUGAAGGGUAAAUCAUGCUCAGUGGGUCUGGUUGGUUUUGUGUCCGGCUGUUUUCAAAGUCUUCUCAGGUUCAUUUAGCGGUUUCACAAACGUACUAAAUGAAGCAACGUUCUACAGUCACAUCCUCGCUAUGAAUUCUUAUUCAGCUUUCGGUUUCUGAACAUGUUUCAUGAAGAAGUGUAAAUUAUCUGAGAACAAAAUAUAUUUUAAGGAAGAGUUUUAUGUUUACAAGAAAAUAAAAAAAGCUUUGAAGCACUG